GUAGUACAAUGAGGAGGGAAUUACAAUAGGCCAGGCAGGAGAUAACAAAGGUGUGAAAAGGUUGCUUAGUGGUCAAUCCAGUCCUUCCAGAGCUCGGCCAGCAUAGGGAGGGAUCUGGACAUUCACUUGCUAAAUCGUAGCCAAUUAUGUUGUGUCCAAGCUCCAGUCCCUCCAGAUUUUGACUUCAGCAGUUCAAUGGAGGAGGAAGGAGAAGCUAACAAGACCCCUCAGCUCCUCUGAGUCACAAUAAAGGACCCAACCCGUCAUCUACAGAGAAGUCUCUUCAUCACUUCUUCGUUUUCACAGCGCAGAGAUGGAUCUCCGUCUGCCUCUCAUCCUUCUGUGUGUGUCCACCUCGCUCUCCAUAGAGGACAAUGAGACGGAGGGUCUUCCCAUAUCUGUCCUGAACGUCUCUUCUGAAGAUUAUGCAUUGAAAAAAUAUUUAGAUGGCCUUCGCAGACCUGGAGCUGGACCAAUCGAUAACACUGGAUUUAGCCUUCGCCGACCUGGACCAGGACCAUUCGAUAACACUGGAUUUAUGCCCAUGGUCCCCCGAGAUAAAUGGCUUUUUGACGAUGAAUGGUUUUUUGACGAUACAAUCGGGUUCAUUCCCCAAUCACCAGCAGAUGAUCUAAACUCCACUGUGAUCUCAGGUAAUGAAACUACGAUGAACUCAACCCAACAAAUCGAGGUCCACAUACUACACAAAACGUUUUUACAUGAAUUUAAAGAACAUAUGAACAGCUGGUUGGUGACGAAGUUUGUGCCCUCCAUCUACACCGUGGUUCUCCUCGUGUCUCUUCCUCUCAAUAUAAUGGCGAUCAUUGUGUUCUUGGUGAAGGUGAAGGUGAAGAAGCCGGCAGUGGUGUUCCUGCUGAACCUAGCCGCUGCCGAUGUUCUCUUUGUUUGUAUUCUUCCUUUCCACAUCGUGUACAGAUUCUCAGGAAAUAACUGGAUGGUGGGGGAAGGGAUGUGCCGAUUAGUCACGGCCAUGUAUUUAAGUAACAUGCGUGGAUCCAUCCUGCUGAUGACGAGUAUCAGUGUGGACCGGUUCCUGGCUCUGGUCUACCCGGUCCAGUCCCUUUCCUGGCGCACAGUGAGAAGAGCCUGGCUGGUGUGUUGCUGCAUCUGGGUGAUAUCGAUGGUCAGCACCGUGCCGAUUCUCAUAAGACAACAAACCCGACCAUUCCCUGACCUUAAUAUCACAACUUGUACCGAUAUUCUGGAUGCCGAAUCGGUUGAAAGGUUUCAUGUUUACUACUAUUUCCCCUUUUAUAUCGCACUUUUCUAUUUCUUACCUUUAAUUAUUACAACCGUCUGUUACAUUGGAAUUGUCCGCAGUCUCAGAGCACCGAGCAUGAAGGGCGCCCAGAAGAGGUCCCGAGCCGUCCUCCUGACUGCGGUUGUGCUGUGUGUGUUUGUCCUCUGCUUUGGCCCAGCCAAUGUUAUUUGGUUCAUGCAUUACCUGCAGGUCUAUAACCAAGGUAAUAACUUACUGUACACUGUCUACAUUAUCAGUGUCAGUAUGAGCAGUGUCAGUUGUUGUCUGGAUCCUCUGAUCUAUUACUAUGCGUCCUCAGAGUGGCAGAGACACGUCUACAGCCUGCUGGGAUGUAAGAGAGAACAGACACCACCAGUAGGCCAUCAGAGGGUCCUCCUCCACAAAGACCAGACACAGAAAACUCCCAACAAACCGUCUGAAACUUCCCGGGUUCUAUAACUGGAGGAGGCCAAACAUUUCCAGAAAGUGUUGCCAGUGUGAUCCCUGUUCCCCCCAGUGUUGCCAGUGUGAUCCCUGUUCCCCCCAGUGUUGCCAGUGUGAUCCCUGUUCCCCCCAGUGUUGCCAGUGUGAUCCCUGUUCCCCCCAGUGUUGCCAGUGUCUCUCAGUGUGCUUUCUGUACCUUCAGUGUGGGCAGGCUGGCCUGUCCUAGACUCCUUGUGUACCUGCUUUCCCUAAGAUCUUUGUGCAUUUCAGUAAUCUUCAUACAUUGUACCUCUGUGUUUCUGUAAGCUCGGUAUCCCACUGCUGCUAAGAUACUCCUGUUGUCCUGUGAGUCCUGCUUGUCUGUAAGACCAGCUCCUCGGUGCUGCACUAUAGUCUAUAUCCUGCAAUUCCUGUGAGUUCUGUAUUCUGUGCUUUCCUGGAUCCUCGCCUUUAUGCUUCCUUGCACUACGCCAGCGGUAGCCUGCAUGGACAAGCUCUCUGACCAUGUCACUAUCCAGCUGGCAGGAUGCAUGGAGGGCGAAGGAUCCAAACCAUACAUGACGACAGUCCUUAGAAUGUGUUGUUAGAAUG